AGGGAGAGAUCUCCAACUCUGCUACACCUGCAUGUGAUGGACGGACAGAAGAUGGCACAACAUCAAUGAGGUUUAUGGGUCUGAUUGAAGAGCUCUCCAUGAGGCAUGGUGCUACCUGAAAACUCUUCGGGACCAUCUGCUCCCAUGAAGGCCCCCAAGCAGCGCGGCCCGUGGCACCAGAGCCUGCCCUCCCCGGCCCUGUGCUGCGCCUGCGGCCUGUGCAUCAUGCUGGCCGGCAUCAACAUCACCCUGGUGGGAGCUUUCGCCUUCGGCACCUUCAUCCCUACCGGCAACCCCCCGAUCAUCAUCGGGCCUCUCCUCCUGUUGGUAGCCCUGGCCUUCUUCACAGCGUGCUGUGUGGUCAGCAGGAGGCCCCCGGCCCACGUGGCCCGCAGGCCCAACGGAGGCGAGAAGUGGGGGCUGAUGCGGAUGGGGACGGCGGUGUUCGAGAUGGAGACGAGCGACCAGAUGCUGCAGGACACUACGGCCGUUCAGCUCAGCCCCACCAACUCCCCCACCUCCUCUCAUAAGUCCAGCUGCAGCCACGGGGGCGACACCCCUCCUCCGCCUGGCUGUCAGGAUGGAGCCGGUGAGCUGCACAUGUCAGAGGUGUCUGACGUGGGUGUCACUGGAGACAACACCACCUUGACCUCUGACAGCAAGGAGAGCACUCCCCCACAGAUGCUGCCUGCUCAGAACACUUCCUCAACGUAGCAUGGACUUGUUUGUUUCGUUGUUUACUGGAUGAAAAAUGUCUGGUGUGAUUGACAAGACUGAUUUAAAAAAAAAAAAAGGGAGACUACCACCCUCAGACUGUUGACUGAAAUGUGCUGUGCUAAACCUCUCUGAUUGUAGCUCAUUCGGUGUGUUAUGUUGUUGAAUGUUUGUUGCUCAGUUCCAGGAUGUACAACACUUUGCCACAGGAACAGGAGAUGGUACUUUAAUCCAAGUGCCUGUUUGUGUACUUCUUGUUGUAUAAAGGCUGAUAAUCCUGCACUCACGUUGUGGUUGGCACUUGUCAACCUCCGUUUGGAAAGAAGAUGUCCAGCCAAGCUUCUCUGAGUCAUGAAAGCUGCUCCUGUGUAAGCCUGGUCAACCACAAUUUCUUUUUUUCCCACACACUUUUUAAAUCCUUGCAUCAGCUGUAAAGAGUGAGCAAGCUGU